AUGAGCAGGGGAAGCUAUCCUUCUGCUCGGGACUUCGAGGCUUUGUGGGCCGAGGUGUCCAGUCUUCGAUCCGAGGUGCUGCGCCUGCAAGCCCGGGUUGCCGAACUUGAGGACCUGAACCAGGGGUUUGCUUUGGUGGACAGCUCGGAGGCUGCUGGGGCGUCGAGCUCCAUUGCUUCUGCAAGGGAUCCUUCGGCUUCGGCGGCUUUGCCUUCAACCGCUGCUUCGGCACCGCCUUCGGAUCGAGACAGGGUGGUGAUCUGCAAGCGAGUGGGCGAAUUCUUGAGGCGAGCUCUGGACGGGGGCCAUCGCGGUGCUUCUGGUCGGGAUUCUUUGGAGCUGGCUUCAAGGCAUUGGGUGGUUAUCCGUGAUUUUCAAGGGCGGGUUCAUUCGCCUCCUUUGGUCUUUUCGCGCUUCUCAGACUGCAAAGCAUUGGUGAAGCGAGGGCAAGACGUUGGAGAUUCGGUGUUCAUUGGUCUCCCGAGCAAGGGAGACAUCAAAGUUGCUCUUCAGGAAGGUGAGGAGGACGGGGUCGACGGCAGGACCUUGUACCUCUACGACGGGGAGACUGCCGAUUGUGACUUUGAAGUGGGUGUGCUUAGGGUCCUGGUUGCUGAGGGCUCCCCCGAGGUCUUGGUUGAGGUGAUCCUGAUUUGCGAGCUGGAGGGCCGUUCUCUUGUGGCUGUACCACAGGGUGGUUGGCACAGGCGGGCUACCAAUCGUAGUUUGCCCCCUGGCUCCUUGAGCAAGCCGGUUGCUGUGGAGGUUGCCGGUGCUGCUCGGGACGACAGGCAGACGGUGCUGGGAAAUCAACGUCUCAAGGUAUGGCUUGGUUUCCUUCGAGACUCCUUGGUGGAGGCUUUGGUCUUCGAGCACGACGGCGAGGUGGAUGUCGCCUUCACCACGUUGGGCGGAGGAUCUGGGUUUGUGCCCCACGCCGAGGCCUUGAUGGAAGUGGCGAAAGACAAGUUCCAGUUUGCCACGGCCACCGAGGGCGAAGCGCCAGCUAUUCCUGCGCCUCAGCCUCAAGCGGCGGAAACUUCGAUGGAAUCUCGACUCGCCAAGCUGGAGCAAUCGAUUGCUACGAUUGCUUCGUCGAUGCAAGCUCUCUCCUUGGAUCGUGUGGAAAGGGCAAAGCCACCGGCUCCGCCUCGGCCUCCCCAGGCGGUGGAAGGUCUUCCGGGCCUCGAUCCCGGGGUUGUGAAAUCUGCUCUGACGGCGGGCAUCGACAUGGAGUCUUUGAAGCAGUUUUCCCAGCUUCUGGCCGGCAACCCUGCGCGGCGCCUGAAAGACCCAGGGGCCGGUAUGGUUCCGAAGAAGGCCACCUUGGACGAGUCCGAGAACGAGGGCGCGGCAGACGACCCAGAGGAGGCGGUUCCGGAGGCCGAGCUGCGAACUGCACUUUCCCGAGAUCCUAUGAGCGACGCCCUGGUGAAGCUUACCACCCUCGUGGAGGAUUUGCAGACCCAGAAAACAAAGCGGGGUUCUCGGUUGGAGCAAGCCUUGGAAGGGGCAGCCGCAGGGUCUGGUUCUCAAGACGGCGGAGGGGAUCUCGAGCAGAAAGAACUCCUUGGCUCGCCGUGCCUUGAGGCAAGCACUUCACGAGAGCCCCGAGGAGAUUUACACCACCAUCGAGAAGUUGAUGCUGGAGGAUCUUCUUUCCCGCACGCUGGCCCCUGGGAUGCCAAAGCCGACAUUGUGUGCAAGGGCUUGGCUGGAAAGCAGAAGCCGGCUUACCAACUAUCCGGCGGCUGUGAGAACUGCUUGGGAGUCGCCGGGAUUCUAGACUGCCUCAUCAACUCGAACCCGGCGGAGGCCCGAGCUCGUGCAACACUCAUGUUGCUUCAAGCCGACCAGGUUGCUCUCGACAAAGGCUCUUGGACGCUCGCUGCCGAGGCCAGCCUGGAGCGCUACGUGAACUUGGCUGUUGCUGCAAUGAACUGGCUUUUCCUUUCAAGGCCGAGGUGUGCCCCAGCUGGGCUCGCAGCCGGGAACCCGUUGUCGAAGAGGCAGUGGGAGAUGGUUAAGCUUUUGGAGCGGUGCUUGGACGGAUGUGAUUUUUUGACUUUUGAGCCGCCCGACCUUGGGCGAACAGCCUCCAAGCUGGAGGACCAGGACCAGAUCCUAGGCUGGGGUGGUCCUGACGGUCCCGCAUCGGGAGGUCUUGUAAAGGACUUCGGUGUCAAGUAUCAUGGCUACGCCGGCCAACAAGUUGGCUCUUCUGCAGAAGCUGGCCGCAUCAGGACCUCGAAAGAGAUCGCCUCAUCCUUGACGGAAGAGGUGGCAGGGAUCUACUUGCCGCGCGAUUGCGGCAUUCUUUGCUCGGGUCGAGACCUCAAGGAUUUCUUUUACCAGUUCAAGGACGAUGUGGACGUGAUUUUCGGCAAGGGCGAGGUGAAGGUGAACG